AUGGGAGGGUUGGUCAGCCUCGAUUUGGCCUACACUUGGCUCGUUGGCACUAUCCCGGCUUCCAUGGCUCGCCUGUGCAACCUGACCUACCUGUCCCUAAACCACAACGGGCCCACUGAGGCCAUACCAUCUGGACUCGGUGGGCUUCCCUUGAUUCACGACCUCGACCUCAACUACAACCGGCUCAGGGGGCAGGUGCCGUUCCGGAAGGAGGUGGUGGAGCGGUUGGGCCCCAAGCUCAAGCUCACCGGAAACGACGGCCUGUGUCUCGGCUCGGAGAUUGUCGGCACCGGCUUGGUCAGGUUGGACGUCGAUGGCUGCAUCUCUGACAACGUUGCCCAGUCGUUGGCCCGUGAUGGCUCAGUGGUGAGCUCGAGCGGGUCGAGUCUCAGAUUGGAUUCUUGGUACAGUGUGGCUCUGGCCCUGCUGCCUGCUAACCUCCUCACGUUAUGA